GACCUCUCUCUAUCUUCAAAAUGGGCGUUAAGCAGCACCAGCCACCAGGGGAGGCUCAGGGAAGAAGACGACUCCUCGGACAUGUCUAUAUGAGAUGUAGCCCAUUUCUCUCGCUUUGACGUUAACAGCGGAAACGCAAUCGAAAACGUUCUCUCUCUCUCUCUCUCUCUGGUUUAUCUUCUUUCUUCUUCAUCUCUGAGUCAUGUACUACUUCACCAUCGCUUCCACCGCAUCUUCCAGCUCUGUUAUCCCCCUACUCUCUCAAUCUCCUCCAAACCCCAUCUUCAGUUUCGCUUCAUUCUCCUAUCAAAACCCUCGACGUCGCCAUCAAAUUCGGAGAGUUUCAGUCAAAUCCUCGCUUAAACCUCCCAAGCCGAGUUUAUCCACCCAAAAACAGCAAAAUCAACUGCUCAAUUAUGGUGAUGACGAUAAAGCUAGUUUACUCAAAUGUAUUGCCAGGCCAAUUGCGGUCACAUUGUUCUUUAUCGCAAUUGGGUUUUGUCCCGCGCUCCGCGGAUUCCACCCCCCGGCCCUUGCCGCGGUUGCCGCUGAAGUGAAGAAGGGGACGGGUAAAGAGAAAGAUGUGGUGCUGAAGCAGAAGGACCACGAGUACUCGGAUUUGACGCGGAGGUUGUUGCAGAUGGUGUCGGAGUUGACUAGGAGCAUUGAAGAGGCUAGAGCUGGGAACGGGGAUUUGAAGGCCGUUGAGGCGGCACUGAAGAAGGUGAAGUUGAAGAAGAAGGAGUUGCAGGGGGAGAUAAUGAGUGGAUUACACGUGGAGUCGAAGGAACUGAAGGGUGAGAGAGAUAAGUUGGUUAAGGAGGCCGGGAAUGUACUCAAAGCGGUGACGAGGGCGAAGAGGGAGCAAGAGGGUUUACUGAGGAAAGGCGGCAGAGGCAAAGAGGAGAAGGAAAUGAUAGUCAGGUUGGAGGAGGAAAUCAGCAGUGGUGAAGAGAAGUACAACGGGAUCUGGGAGAAGAUUGAGGAGAUCGAUGAUCGGAUUUUGAGGAGAGAGACUAUGGCUCUGAGCAUUGGGGUCAGGGAGAUUAUGUUUAUCGAGAGGGAAAGUCAGGCAUUGGUAGAGAAAUUUAGAAGGGAGAUCAGACUGCAAAGCAAUUUAAGCAUGCCAAAAAGUCCCCUAAGCAAGCUCUCUAGAUCUGACAUUCAGAAAGAACUGCAAGUUGCUACAAGACAAUUCUGGGAGCAGAUUAUUCUGCCUAGUGUUUUGGAAGCUGAAGAUAUUGCAUAUCCAUAUCACCAAGAUUCAGUGGAAUUGGCCCAACGUAUAAAAGAAGUGCUUAAAGAUUCAAGAAAUCUGCAAAGCAACCUGGAGUCUGGUAUAAGAAAGAAGAUGAAGAGGUUUGGUGAUGAAAAGCGUUUGCUUGUAAACACACCUGUAGAUGAGGUUGUAAAGGGUUUUCCGGAGGUUGAACUGAAGUGGAUGUUUGGGAGUAAGGAGGUUGUUGUUCCUAAGGCUAUUCGCCUCCAUUUGUUUCAUGGCUGGAAGAAGUGGCGUGAAGAAGCUAAGGCAGAACUGAAACGAAAUUUGUUAGAAAAUGAGGGGCUUGGUAAAAAGUAUGUGGCACAAAGACAGGAACGGAUUCUUUUGGACCGAGAUAGAGUGGCAUCAAAGACUUGGUAUAAUGAAGAAAGAAAUAGGUGGGAAAUGGAUCCAAUAGCUGUUCCAUAUGCUGUAUCCAGGAAACUUGUUGAGAAUGCCCGCAUCAGGCAUGAUUGGGCUGCCAUGUAUAUUGCACUAAAGGGAGAUGACAAGGAAUAUUUUGUUGAUAUCAAGGAAUUUGACAUUUUAUUUGAAGACUUUGGAGGGUUUGAUGGGUUGUAUUUGAGAAUGCUUGCCUCUGGUACUCCAACUUCUGUUCAGUUUAUGUGGAUCCCUUUUUCGGACUUGGAUUUACGUCAGCAGUCUCUCUUGAUAAUGAAUUUUUGUCAACAAUGUUUGGAUGACGUAUGGAGUAAUAGAAUUGUAUCAUAUGUAAGAGAGUGGGUUCUAGAGAAAAUCAGGAAUAUAAAUGAUGACUUAAUGACGAUGAUUGUUUUUCCCCUCGUGGAGUUUAUUAUCCCUUUCCCGGUAAGGAUGCAGUUGGGAAUGGCUUGGCCUGAGUUUACAGAUCAGACUGUGGCCUCGACAUGGUACUUGAAAUGGCAGUCUGAGGCAGAAAUGAGAUUUAAAUCCAGGAAAAAAGAUAAUUUUCGGUGGUUUCUGUGGUUUUUCAUUAGAAGCGUUAUAUAUGGAUACUUGUUGUUUAAUUUAUUCCGUUUUAUGAAGAGAAAAGUUCCGAGGCUUCUUGGUUACGGGCCUAUACGUAGAUAUCCAAACUUGAGGAAGCUGCGAAGAGUGAAAGCUUAUUUUAAGUAUAGAGUGAAGAGAAUAAAGCGCAAGAGAAAGGCUGGUGUUGAUCCAAUCAGCACUGCUUUUGACCAAAUGAAGAGGGUGAAGAAUCCACCUAUACGGUUGAAAGAUUUUGCAAGUGUUGAAUCUAUGAGAGAAGAAAUUAAUGAAGUUGUUGCAUUUCUUCAAAAUCCUAGUGCAUUUAAAGAUAUGGGAGCUCGUGCACCUCGGGGAGUCCUUAUUGUCGGGGAGAGGGGGACUGGGAAGACAUCCCUUGCACUAGCUAUUGCUGCAGAAGCUAGGGUUCCUGUUGUUGAAGUUAAAGCCCAACAGCUUGAAGCUGGGUUAUGGGUUGGCCAAAGUGCAUCAAAUGUUAGGGAACUGUUUCAAACAGCAAGAGAUCUGGCACCUGUAAUCAUAUUUGUAGAAGAUUUUGACCUCUUUGCUGGGGUUCGUGGGAAGUUUAUUCACACAAAAAAGCAGGACCAUGAGGCUUUUAUUAAUCAACUUCUUGUGGAACUUGAUGGGUUUGAGAAACAAGAAGGGGUGGUUUUAAUGGCUACUACUCGAAACCUCAGGCAAAUUGAUGAGGCCUUACAACGUCCUGGUCGGAUGGAUAGAGUAUUUCAUCUCCAAAGGCCAACUCAAAUAGAAAGGGAGAAGAUACUGAGAAUUGCUGCAAAAGAAACUAUGGAUGAGGAACUCGUUGAUUUUGUAGAUUGGAGAAAGGUUGCUGAAAAAACUGCCCUUCUACGACCGAUAGAGCUCAAGCUUGUCCCUAUGGCCUUGGAAGCCAGUGCCUUUAGAAGCAAAUUUCUUGACACAGAUGAGCUUAUGAGCUACGUUAGCUGGUUUGCGACUUUCAGUGGCAUUAUUCCCAAAUGGGUGCGGAAAACAAAAUUUGUGAAGCUUAUGAGCAAAAUGCUUGUCAGUCAUCUUGGAUUGACAUUGACAAAAGAUGAUCUGCAGAACGUGGUUGACUUAAUGGAACCAUAUGGACAGAUAAGCAAUGGAAUAGAACUACUGAAUCCUCCUCUUGAAUGGACAAGGGAGACCAAGUUUCCCCAUGCUGUCUGGGCUGCUGGUCGUGGGCUCAUUACUCUUCUGCUGCCAAACUUUGAUGAUGUUGACAAUCUGUGGCUUGAGCCUUUUUCUUGGGAGGGAAUUGGGUGUACGAAGAUUACUAAGGCUAAAAGUGAAGGUUCCAUGAAUGGAAAUGUUGAAUCAAGAUCGUACCUGGAGAAGAAACUCGUGUUUUGCUUUGGUUCAUAUGUUGCAGGUCAACUGCUACUUCCUUUUGGUGAAGAAAAUAUUCUUUCCUCUUCAGAGUUGAAGCGUGCACAGGAGAUAGCUACAAGGAUGGUGAUCCAAUAUGGGUGGGGGCCUGAUGACAGUCCAACAAUUUACCACCAUGGCAAUGCGGUAACAGCUUUGAGCAUGGGAAACAAUCAUGAGUAUGAAAUAGCAGCUAAAGUUGAAAAGAUGUAUGAUUUAGCCUAUGAUAAAGCGAAAACAAUGCUUCAGAAUAACCAUCGAGUGCUUGAAAAGAUUGUGGAUGAGUUGGUAGAGUUUGAAAUAUUGACAGGAAAGCAGGAUCUAGAAAGAAUAUUUGCAGCCAAUGGUGGGAUUCGGGAGAAAGAACCAUUUUUCCUUUCAAAUCUUCACAAAGAGCCUGUGUUCAGCAGCAUCCUUGAGAAUGGAAGUGUGUCAGGAGCUGCUUUUUUAGGUUCAGCAAACUAAAGUGUUCAGGGGAUAAGUGUAGAUGACUGUCUUCAGCUGUUGGGUGAGUUGAAAGGAUUAUCUUUACAGGAUUUAGUCUGCCGCUGAAAAGAUGCUGUCUUCCCCCUUACCUCUUGGGCAAAGGUGUUGCAUCUUUAUUUAUUUAUUUAUUUUUUGCCAGGGGGCUGGGGGAGAAGUGGGAGAUGGUCAAGCAACACUCAUAACCUGUUAUCCGGCCAGCCACCAUUGUUGUGGAGAAUCCAGCAUCUCCUGCUUGUCCACUAGGCAUUUACUCUUACCAGACAUGCUGCAUCUGCCAUGACCAUUCCCAUUCCCAUCCCAGAGAUAUCUUUAAGUACUGAACUGGACUGGAGCAUUGCAUCUGCUUGGUAAAAAUCAGUGUAGACCUCCAAAGAAUUCAAUGCAGCACACUUUUGCGAAGCCCUCAUUUCCGAUCAUCCAUAAUACCUUUUACAGUACCUGGCAUCUGUGUCUCCAAUAUUUAUUCUUUUCAAAUUGUCAGAGCUAAUCAGAUAUUCCCCCUCCCCUUCUCUCUGGUGCCAGUAUGGAGGUAAGCAAGACCGAAAGCUGUCAUCUGAUGAUCAAUCCUUGGUGUAGAAAGGGUUUUGCAGUUUUUGAUUUUUUGAUUCAAAUGUAUGGAAUUAUAGAGACAAUGAGACAUCAUAGGGUUGCCCCAAAAUUUUCCAUCGCAGGCAUGUAUGCAUACACACAUAUAUAUAGAGGGGGGGGGGGGGGUGAUUUUUAUCGUUUUCAUACCUGUGAAAGGUAAUUACUUUUUUACAUUUCUAAUAUGUUCCACAAGAUGUGUUAAUCUUGAAAUUUUAUUAGCUGCUCAAAAGUACAUGAGCCUUUCAAUUUCCUUUAUAAUAUGCUAGAAGUCCUUAGCGUGUA